AUUGCAGUUAAAUACAGGAAAAGUUACAGUGCCUAUCAGAUGACAUGGAGCGUUAGGCAGGACCAGGGACUGGAGGCAACAGCAUGCGUGAGGGCUCUGGAGCUCGGCGCGCGAGAGCAGCGUAAGGUGCCCGCCGGAGCCCCCCUCUCCCUGCCCACAGCCGCUGCUCCCCGCCCCGCCAGUGCCAACCUCGGGGCUGCCUUCCUCUUGCCACACUAUUCUCCGGGGGUGCUUCCCGCCGAGAGCCGCAUGCAUGACACUCCGAAAAGGAGAGAAAAUGACCAUCAGCAUCCAGGAGCACAUGGCCAUUGACGUCUGCCCCGGCCCCAUCAAGCCCAUCAAGCAGAUCUCGGACUACUUCCCCCGUUUCCCCCGCGGCCUCCCCGCCACCGUUAGCCGCAGCAACACCCUGCGCUCUGCUGUCAGCCAGUCGUCUGUCAGCCCCUCCGAGACGCCCCGGGAAGAGGAUGAGGAUGUGGACCAGCUAUUUGGGGCGUACGGCACAACACCCACUGAGCCGCCGGCCCGGCGCGAGCCCGAGGAGGAGGUGGUGGAUGCCGAGGGCUACGAGUCUGAUGACUGCACCACGCUGGGGACGUUGGAUUUCAGCCUGCUGUACGAUCAGGAGAACAACGCGCUCCACUGCACAAUCAACAGAGCCAAGGGCCUCAAGCCAAUGGACCACAAUGGUUUGGCGGACCCCUAUGUCAAAUUACACUUACUCCCGGGCGCUAGUAAGGCCAACAAGCUGAGAACGAAAACUUUGCGGAACACCCUGAACCCCACCUGGAACGAGACCCUCACCUACUACGGGAUCACAGAUGAGGACAUGAUCCGCAAGACGCUCCGGUAG